CUCAUAACUAGCGCGAAACCAAAAGUAGGCGUGAGCUGAAUAGACACUUGACAUGUUGAGUACGAUGAUCAUUGAUCAUUUCGUAAUGUUUGUUUGGAUAUAAUUUCAAAAUUCUAGUGUUUCAAAUCAUAUGAACUUCAUAAAUCAUGUCAAACGACCGCGAACUCUCCCAGUUCCUGUUCAACCUGUCCCAUGAAAUCGUAGCCUCCAAAGACUACUCGGACUGCAACAUCAACCAAAUCUGUGGCAAAUACUACGAAAACUCCACCUACCCAGAUCGCGACCGCCUUCGUCGGUUGGUAUCCGAGCUGAAACGUAAACUGAAGAUCCUUCAACAGCAGGAUAGCUGUAAAGAAAUAAUCUGCCCGUCUUCAGUGGAACCCGUUCCUUCUACCCGGAUGUCUUGCCCAGCAACUCAAUUGUCAAAUGCGAUCAAAUUCCAUCGAUGUGCUUGCCAGCGAUCACGGGACCACAUCGACGACUACUGUCCAUAUCCGGUGCCGACUUCGACGCUGAAAAAGUUAACUUCGGACAAGUGCGUAGAAACGAGCACAGCUCCCGAAGUCUUCUCCCCAACCAAGUUACUCAUCAGCGAUUCCACCCAAUACUCGGCGCCACGUUCCUACGAGUCCUAUUCUACAGGGACCGCUUGCGGCAACUCCGCCUGCUCCAAUUGCGGCAACUUGCUAAAAGAGGAACCAUCCACCCUGGUGCAACGCUCCGGAUACUCCCCGAGAUCUUCGGAAGACUCGAGUACCUUGAUGGAACAGCUCCUGCUCAAACAUUCGGCCACACUUCAAAGCGGACAUUCCAGUGACAUACUGCUGCGCCUAGCUGCUGCGGAUCGGGUCCUGUGCGAGAGCUGCCACGGGAAAUGCCCACUGCAUCGGUGUGGCCAGAUCCGGGGAAAGUACGAGCCACCGCCGGUUUGUUCGGGAAAAUGCGACUGUGGACCUUCGUGCCGAGCACCGACGAGGGCUCCUCCGACCGGGAAGCAGAACUGUAGCUGUCCGUUGAAGAGUUGCAAGCAUUUCGACGGUGAUGGCUCUGCGGGUGCCGGUGGGAGCGGGGGAAGUGGGGGCUUGGGAAGGCAAGGAGCGAUUUUGAGACAAGGGGAAAGCCUGACGCCACCGAUUACGUGCUGCGGUGCGAGGAGGAAGAAGAAGAAACCGACGCAACAGGGCACCUGUCGAAAGAAGAGCUCUAGGAGGAAGGAGUGAGGUAUGCAAUUGGUCAGGUUGAUUUCUAUUGCGACAAUAUAUUUGAUAAAUCGAAAAUUCUUGAAUUAUUUUUUAGAA